AUGGGAGGGAAGGCACCAAAAGGUAUUGUUACUGAUCAAUGCGCAUCGAUUCAAAGGGCAAUUGAGCUGUGCAUGCUAACAACAAUUCAUCGCUGGUGCAUCUGGCACAUUAUGAAGAAGAUCCCAAGCAAAUUAAAUGGCUACAAGGGACACAACAAAAUUGAACAAGAGAUGAGCCAUGUUGUUUGGAACUCGUACACAAAAGAAGCAUUUGACAGAAACUGGAUCGAUUUCCUUAGAAAGUAUGGCCUCGGAGGCAACAAGUGGCUUUCAGACCUUAUGGGUUCAGUUUGGUUUGCAGAGCUGUACGAGGAUCGGCAUAUAUGGAUUCCGGUUUACUUGGAUCACCACUUUUGGACCGGGAUGAGAAGCACGCAAAGGAGUGAGAGCAUGCAUUCAUUUUUCAACAAGUUCAUCACACGGAAUAGCUCCUUGAGACAAUUCGUGAAGCAAUACGACAAUUGUCUAGCAAGUAGAGAGCAAGCAGUGAGAGAAUUCGAUGCUGCAGAUUUUCACACCGUGAUACCGUGUUCAACAAAAUCAACAAUAAAGGCACAGUUUCAGCAUGUAUAUACCCAUGAGAAGUUCAGGAAAGUUCAAACUCAAUUCAGAGGUUUCACAACAUAUGAAGUCAUAGAGCAGGUAUCCAACUCCACAUUCAACAAGUUUGUCGUCACCUACGACGCAGUAUCACGAGAUGUAAAGUGCCAUUGCUUGCUGUUUGAGUCUAGGGGCAUAUUGUGCCUCCAUUCCCUAAGCGUCCUAAGCUUUGAGCGAGUGGAUAACGUGGCACCGAAAUACAUAUUGGAACGUUGGAGCAAGAACACAAAGAGGAGGCAUACACACAUCAAGAGUAGUCAAGAUGAACCUCUACUGGGGCCAAGAAGUAAGAGAUUUGACGAAUUGGUGUUUCGGUCACACAAUAUAUGUGAAUUUGCAUCUGAGUCUGAAGAGUUGACCGGAAUUUUGCACCGAGCAUUUGACAAGGUCAUGGUGGAGAUGGAAGAAUAUCAAGAGAGAAGCAAAGGAAAAAGUUUGUUAACCCACGAAGAAGCGACAUUAAGCAACGUGAAUGACUGA